AUGGCCCGCUGGCAAGGGGUUGGGGGAGGACAGGACUUCUUGGGAUCCUUCUGCCUGUGCGGAUUGUGGAGUUUUGGAGUGCAGGCAGAGCCGGGGAGCUUUGUGUUAUUCUUGGAAAGUUUCGCACCACUUGUGAAUUCCUUGAACCUUGGCAUUGCAAGCCCACUUCUGUUGGGCCCUCCUCCUUUACAGCUUGCGCAAAUUAAGACACAGUUGGCUCUUCAGCAAUUGACCUCAGUUGCUACCAACAGUUCUGCACCUCCUUAUGCUUGGUUAAAUCAGGCAUUUCUGAAAAGCGCAAUGUUUAGCCCCAGAGGAACUUUACCUCAGAGGCCGAGAGGACCUAAUCCAUCUGGCACAAAGCCUCCGGGAUCCUUUAGGGGAGGAGGUGCAGCAGGUCUUCAGAGAAAGCCUGCGCCUGGAACGCCUCAAGGAAUGUCACAAAGAUUCUCGGGACAGGAAACGUUUCAGUGGACGGGUUCACAGAGGAUAAACGUUCGGGUAACUCUGCACAGGACUGAUCCGAGGCAGGUAAAGGAGAAGACAAACCUGUACCAGGAGCAGAAGAGAGAGCCUCACACAAAUCGCUGGUACAGUACCCCGUGCUCAGCUGGGACAACUGGGCAAAAGCCAUCUGCCUCGGCACGGGUCUCGGAGCAGAAUUCAAAUGCCCAGAACCGCUACACACCAGAAAGCGCUUCCAGUAUUUUGGCGAGUUUUGGGCUGUCUAAUGAAGAUUUGGAGGAACUCAGUCGCUAUCCAGAUGAUCAGUUAACGCCUGAAAACAUGCCACUGAUCUUGAGAGAAAUACGGAUUCGUAAGAUGGGUCAUUCUUUAUCGGGUGUACAUACUCAGAGCCAAGGAGAAGAAACGAUUGGUGGUACGAGUGGUGCAGCAGUCAAGAGUAAAGUGAUUGAUUAUGGACAUGCAAGCAAAUACGGUUACACUGAAGAUCCUCUUGAAGUGCGUGCUUAUAAUCCUGAAGUCCUGACUGAAGAGCCUCUCGAAGCACGUGUCUAUAAUCCGGAAGCCUCAAGCGGAGAGAACAGGGAACACUUCCAGCGAGAGCAGAAUAUGUCGAUGAGUGUCCCACCAUCUAGCGUGACGUGCAAUCCAGUGUUUCCAGUGGAAGAUUUAAUAAAACCGACGGGGUUCCAGAAUGAUUCCUCAAACACUCGAUCGUUUUUUCCAGCUGAGACUCCGGGAAAGGUGUCCAGUUUGUGUGCGACACCCGCUGCACUCCCUGUGGUGAAAUCUGUGUCCCAGCCUGCAAUACUGCCUGUCAUACCGCCGAUGAUGCCACCUAUGAUGCCACCCAUGGCACAGCCCAUGAUGCCGCCUGUCAUGCCGCCCCUCGUCCAGCAGUCUGUGACCCAGCACGUAAUGCCACCGAUGACCCAUCCACCCUUUUCAGCUGAACUUCUUGCAGCUAUAAGCCAGCAUGAAAGAAUUCAGCGUGAAUCUGGGACAAGCCAGUCUAACGCCCAGAGCGGCUCGGGAGCAGGACAGAAGCCCUUCCAGCCCCAGGCUGAGGGGCCAAUUAGAUCUCCUUUUGGUAUUGUGAAAGCAUCGUGGCUUCCCGUGUUUCUGCAGUCUGGUGCCCAGAAGAUAAAAAGAUUGCCCACUCCGUCAAUGAUGAAUGACUACUAUGCUACAUCUCCAAGAAUAUUUCCACAUAUGUGUUCUCUGUGUAACAUUGAAUGCACUCAUAUGAAGGACUGGAUUCUGCAUCAGAACACUCCUUCUCACAUUGAAAGCUGCCGCCAGUUACGCCAACAGUACCCUGAUUGGAACCCCGAGUCUCAUUCCUCAAAAAGAAACGGUGGUGACAGAAAAGAAAACCAGACCCCAAAGCGUCGUUCCAACUCUGCUAGUCCCAGCCCUAGACGUUCGAGGGUCACAGGCUCUGGCUAUGUUCUUCGCCGAUCACGAUCGAGAUCCAGGAGCCCCAGCCGCUUCAGGCCAACGAGGCCAAGAAGUCGAAGCCCACGACAGAUGCGACAGCUUAGCCCCAGACACAGGUCAAGGUCACCGCAGCGAUCAAGAAAUCCGCUGAGAACUAGUCGGCGACCUCAGAGGUCUUCAAACAGAAAGGCAGCUCUGGAGGCGGUAGUGAAAAGUUUGGGACCUGGCUUUGUGGCGAAGUUGAAUAAACAUAAGUCACUUCAAGCAGCUGGGCAAGGAUCUUCGGGAUCGGGAAAAUCACCACCCUCUCGUGGACUCUUACGGAAGAUGCCUGGAAAUAUGAAGAAGCCGCUGAAAACAAGCGUUUUAACAAAGGCUUCGAAGAAAGAUGUGCCUUCUUUGCCUGGAUCAAGUUCUUCGUCUCCUGAAACUGAUGAUUUACCCCAAAACAAAGAACUGGAAGAGGAUGAAGAAGACUUAUCCACAGGAACCAGUGGCCCUCGUCCUACUUCUUAUAAUAGGCUGUUGAGAGAGGAAUUGCUGAGUUGUGGGACAGUCCUUCAAAUAUCUGAUUUACCGGAUGACGGCUUUUCAGAUCAAGAUAUUAAAAAAAUUGUUCAGCCAUUUGGCAAAGUUAGCGAUCUCCUUGUACUUCGCUCUAGAAAUGAGGCCUUCUUGGAAAUGAACUACAAAGAAGCCGUGAUAGCAGCUGUGAAAUACGGUGAAACUGUGCCAGUGCUGCUGAAUGGGAAACGGGUGAAAAUAAGCGUAGCGGAAAAACCAAAGGCAUCUCCUGGCCAGGUCAAAAUGAAUAUAAAAAAACGGGCUCAGAAUAUUAAAAAAGUUGCACGAAGUACAAAAAAAGAUCUGAAUGCCACCACCAAGACAACUAAAUCCAUUACGGGUAAAAAGGAAAAGACUAAGAAAUCAACGAUGGCAGGAGAAAGCAAAAUCAAGAAAACUUCAAAUACUGCGUCAAAAUCUGUAGAUGAAGACCUUCAGAUCUCAACAGAAGCUGAAAUGGAAGUCAGGGAAACUAAGCUGUCAGACCCAAAGAACGAAGGGGACGGAGUUCCGGAGCCUGUGGAGAUGGCAGAGGCUCAGUCCAAAGGAGUGACUGAUCCUGUACCUGUACCGGAAGCUGCCAUAGCAACUACAAAGAGUGAAGAGUCAACGGAACCAGCUGACAAGGUCAGUGUAAGGGUGCUCGAACUGGUGGACGUUGAGCUUGAUGAUAUGUGCGUGGUUCUUAUUUCAAACCUGCCUGAGAAAGGCUAUUCUGUUGAGGAAGUUUCCAACCUAGCAAAGCCGUUUGGAGGCCUGAGGGAUGUGCUAAUUUUAUCGUCUCAUAAAAAGGCAUAUCUUGAAAUAAAUAGAAAAUCUGCAGAUUCCAUGGUUAAAUUUUACACCUGCUUUCCAAUGUCACUGGAUGGAAAUCAGCUCUGCAUCAACAUGGUGCCUCAGUAUAAGACCAUAAAAGAUGAUGAAGCAAUAUUUACUGCUGUAAUUAAAGAUUCUGAUCCCAAGGUGGAUACCGAAACUAUACAUAAUCAGUUUGUGCAUCUUGGGAACUUGCCAGACGAUGGAUACAGAGAACUUGAAGUAGUUUGUGUGGGACUUCGAUUUGGAAAAGUCUAUCAUUAUGUUGUACUGAAAAAUAAAAACAAGGCGAUUCUGCAGCUGGAUAGUCCCAAGUCAGCCAGGUCAAUGUACAGCUUCCUGCAGCAGUAUCCCUAUAAUAUGGGUGAGCAUACCUUGACCUGUACUUUGUCGCCCAAUGGAGAGUCUGCUGAGCUCCUUUCUCGUGUCCUGACCCAACAACAUAAUUUGACUCGCUUGUCCAGUGACCGACUCUCCAUCUCUUGCCACAUCUUCCCAACUGUGUUUAUGUUAGGGCGGGCUGAAGCUGUGAAAAAAACGAAGAAAGAGGAACCAAGCAAAGGAAGCUCUGGCUUGAAAAAAUAUCCAGAGGGAUCAGGAGUGGUGCAAACAGCAGCUGCUAAUCCUCCAGUAGAGCCUAGUGUGGCAAAGAAAGGACCCGUUUCCAUCUCUAAUGUCAAAGACAAGAUGUCAGCAGUGCAGAUAGAGCCCUCUGAGUCCCAUCUUGAAAGAGCAGUCAGGGAGUCUGCUCCGAGACUGGCAGAAACGUCUGCGGAGAAAGUGGACGCUGGAGUUGAAGCCGCUGUGGCAUCUAUGAAAUCCACUGAAUCUGAAUCGUCUGAAGCAAAGUCAGAACAGAUGCUGCUGCCUUCUUCUGGUGUGGAGAAAGGAGAGGUGGUCACAGAUAAUACAGAACCAGAGCCAUUUCAACUUGCUGUUGUGUCUGCAUCAGAGAAGGAAAUGAAAGAGAAAGAUGAAGAGUUGUCUGCUUCUGCAGCUAAACCGCCGGAAGAGUCGUCCAAGGCAGGCACGGCUGAAGGUGUGCCACCAGAUUGUGCCGUGAAGCCGGCAGUGGGGGAAUUGGGAGGGGCUGUCCCCGAAGUGGUGCCCCCUCAUUCUGACGCACCUUUGGCGGAGAUGGCGUCAUCUGUUGUCACGCAAACAAACGACAGUCAGAUAACAGAAAAGAAACCUGUACUUAAAACUGAGGCGGCCAUGGAGAAGAAACUGGACGUAGCUGGAGCAGAUGCAGAGCUGAAACCAGAAGAGUCUGUGCUCCAAGUUGGAAGAGCUGUGGAGGAAAACCCUGAAAAGCUUCUGGUCAAGACUGGGGCAGAGACCGAGAAGAAACUUGAAAAAACUGUGGCCAAGGUUGGGGCUCCUGUGGAAAAUGCUGCAAAUGCCGUCAAUGAGGGAAGUUUAAUCAAAGCACAUCAAAAUAAAGGAACAGGACCAGCAAAAACUGAUGAAACCUGCAAAGCAGUUACGUUAAACUCCUUCUUAUCUGUUGAGGAAUCUUCCUCUGUUGGUAAAACGAAUUUAAAGGCAGUGAUGUCUCUUCUGGAUAUGUCAAAGUCAAGGGUUCCAGUACGGAGAAAUGAGCCUCCCCUGUGCAAAGGAGGGGAGCAGAAAGCUCCCUCGAAACCUGAGACCCGAGGCCAAGCAGCGGUGGAGAAGAAAAUCGCGUCGAAAGAAGCGGGUCAUCUGCGACCUGGGAGCAGCCGAUCAAACCUGGGAGAUGGCGGCGGCAAGUGUAAAGUGAGCAGAAGUUCUGCUGUUGAUGGAAAGGGAGGCAAUGGGAGGAAUUCAUCUCAGCAAGAGAAGGACUCGCGAGCGGAAUCUAGGGCUAGUUCAAAACAGUCUCAAGAGGGAGAGAGUAGAUCAUCCAGCAUGAAGACAGACAACAGCAGCAAUAAGGCUUCUGUUGGUGGCAAUAGUAAAACUUCAAAAAGUGGCACUAGCAGCAGUGCGAAACAAAAGGAGGAAGAAGAGCUGUUUCCAUUUAACCUGGAUGAAUUUGUUACUGUGGAUGAGGUUGUAGAGGAAAUCGAGUCUCCCGUUAAAACACGGCGAAAUCCACCGAGGGGAAAGAGAAAAGAUGGUGCUAAACCCAACUCCUCCUGUGAGCCUAGUUCCAAGAGGAGGAAAGGGAAGAGCUCCAUCGCUCACCUUGCUGAAAGCGAACUCUCGUUUGUCACUUUGGAUGAAAUCGGUGAGGAGGAGGAUGCACAGCUAAUGGGAGUCGCUAAUUUAGAAGCGCUCAGUGACCCACAGGGCCUGGUUGUGGUGGAUGAAGUGAUGGAAGAGGAAGAACUCAUGGCAGAAGCAGUGAAGGAUCCACAGUCGCUUGUUACUUUGGAUGAGAUAUCUGAACAGGAGGACCUUACUUCUCAUAAAGAUGUCCCCAGGUCUGUUUUUGAGGAGCCGGAUUUGAAGGCUGAACCCUUGGUAACCGUAGAUGAAAUCGGUGAAGUAGAAGAGCUGCCUCUGAACGAGCCUACGGACUUGAACAUGGAUGUGCUGAAACAGAAGGAGGACGGCAGGGUGGGUGCUGAGGAUACGGGGGAUUGCGCUUCCUCCCAGGUGCCCGAUGAUCGCAGUGCGUUAGUGACAGUGGACGAAAUACAAGAGGACAAUGAAGAUAAUCCUCUGGUGACUUUGGAUGAAGUUAAUGAAGAUGAAGAUGAUUUUCUGGCUGAUUUCCAUUGUCUAAAAGAGGAACUAAACUUUGUUACAGUAGAUGAAGUUGGAGAGGAGGAUGAAGAAGAAGAAAAUACUUUCCCAGGGAAAAAUCUGAACGAGGAUGAAGACGAUGAAGAUAUUGUUGCUGUUGCAGGACCAGAAGAAGAAAUUGCUGCCAUUGCAGGACCAGAAGAGGAGGAUAUUGUUGCUGUUGCAGGACCAGAAGAAAUGGAAAUUCUAGGAGAUAUGAGUCCAGAAGAAGAAAUUAUUGCAAUCUCAAAGUCAAAAGUAGACCAGCUGGGAUCAGGAGAUAAAGAACCAGAGUCCAAGCGGAAGAAAAUGGCUUCUUCAGAGGCAUCAAAGAUGCAGAGUACUCCAAAAGAUCUGGAUUACCUGGUUCCAAAGGCUGGCUUUUUCUGUCAGAUCUGCUCGCUGUUCUACGUGGAUGAAACGUCUGUGAAAAAUCACUGCAAGACGCCGCUUCAUCAGCAAAAUAUGGAGAAGUUCAUGGCCAAGCAGAAGGACGAGGGAAACGCUGGGGGAGAGCGGAGUUCAAGGCGCGGAGUUCAAGGUGAUUGGAGGAAAGAAGAAUUCUUUCAGUGA